AUCAGGAUCCUUGUUGCCACGGAUAAUCAUAUUGGCUAUGCUGAAUCUGACCCCAUCCGAGGUCAAGACUCUAUCAAUACGUUCCGCGAGAUACUGCAAAUGGCUAUCGAUCAUGACGUCGAUAUGCUUUUGUUAGCCGGUGAUUUGUUCCAUCAUAAUCGACCUUCAAGAGCAUCAUUAUACUCUACAAUUGCAUCUCUGCGAGAGUUCUGUCUUAAUCAGAGGCCUAUUCGAAUCGAACUAGUCGGUGAUGCAGGUAUUGGAAUUCCUCAUGGUUUCAAUUUUCCUGCAGUCAACUACGAGGACGAGAAUCUCAAUGUUGGUCUUCCAGUGUUUUCAAUCCAUGGAAAUCACGAUGAUCCUCAAGGUAUCGGACCAGAAGGAGCCCUCUGUGCGCUUGACGUGCUCUCGGCAUCAGGAUUAGUCAAUUAUUUCGGCCGACAAGAGUUACCUGGGAAUGCACAAACUGAUGAGGAAGCACUUGAGGAAGGUUUACACAUUCAACCAAUUCUCUUACAAAAAGGCAAUACUCGUUUAGCCAUGUAUGGGAUCGGUAAUAUUCGGGAUGAACGAUUUCAUUAUGAAAUGAGAAGCAAUCGAAUUCGUAUGUCUCGCCCGGCAGAGUAUCGAGACGAAUGGUUUAACUUGAUGCUAGUUCAUCAAAACCGAGUUGCACAUGGACCAAAGAAUUCAGUACCCGAAAAUGGGUUUGGGCGCGAGAUCGAUCUGGUAAUAUGGGGUCACGAGCAUGACUGUUUGAUUGAACCAUACGAGAUACCUGAAAAAGGUUAUUAUAUCAGUCAGCCGGGCUCCAGCAUAGCCACAAGUUUGGCCAGGGGCGAGGCGUUGACAAAAAAAGUGGGGAUCUUGGAAAUUCAAGGCCGCGACUUCGCCAUAAAUGCUGUUCCCCUCAAAAGUGUACGCCCCUUUGUCUUUCACGACAUCAUUCUAUCGGACGAAGAGGAAGAAAACAACCUCAAACUGGACACAAAGACUAAAGUGAUCAAAUACCUAACCAAGCUAGUCGAAGUGCUGAUCAGCCAGGCUAAUGCAGAAUGGGAUGAGCGCCAUGUUGACGAUGAUCCACAGCCGCCACGCAUGCUUCCUUUAAUCAGAUUGAGGGUUGAAUACACGCGGCCUGAUGGUCAAGGUGCCUAUGAAGUGGGCAAUCCGCAAAGAUUUGGACAAGAUUUCCUUGGAAAGAUUGCGAACCCGAAAGACGUGGUGCAAUUUUAUAGAAAGAGGAAGACUAGAAAACCAAAAAAUGAGAUCGACUAUCCAGAAAACGAGAUAGUUCCCACCCAAACAAAAUCUGAAUAUAUUCAGGUCUCGACCUUUGUACGACAAUACCUUGAAGCUCAAAACUUGGGUGUACUAGCUGAAAAUGGAAUGCAGAAAGCUGUGUCAACGUUUGUUGAAAAGGACGAUAAAGAUGCUAUCAAAGCGUGA